CCAGCGGAGAGGAAGAGCAGAGACAAGUGAACAACAAGCCAGGGCACGGGAGAUAGGAAAUCGUAAAGGUGGGUGUAUUCUCUCUUUCUUCAAAACUGUGAGUAGUGCUCGGUUUCUCUGCGGUGAAAGAGUGAAGUCGUGGAGGUUGUGUGGAGGUUUUCAGACCCCGCUGAGUUCUUAGUUGGUCUCUCAUCCUGCUCUCUCUCCUUCCUGCGACGGGUCGAGGCUUGGAUUGUGUCGGCGCAGCAGCAGCAACAGCAGCACUCGGCUAGGCUAGGCCUGAAACCGCCUCUCAAACACUCAUGGACCUUUAAAGACGAGUCUAACAGUGUCGAGAAUCGGUAAUAGUCCGUCUUUUUGUGUUAUUUCCUCGGUGUAGCUGGUUGGGAGCAGUUCUAGGCGGACGGAGGAGUGCGGUGAACUUGCUUUCAGUGGUCGCAGCGUUAGCAUGCUAGCUAGCAUAGCAUGAGCUAACUUCAUUAGCAAUGCUGGACUUCAUUCGUCGGUGUGAUGAAUUACUGGACUAGAGGGAGAUUUUGGAAAAGUUUUCCAAAACUAAUAAUGCAUUCAGUUCAAGCUAUUUGCUAUCAUGUUUGCUAAAUGUAUGUUUUAAAUGUGGUUGUAUUAGGCCAAUUGACAAACCCCACAGUGUGUUACAGCAGGAGGCUGUUUGUGUGCUUGUAAUAUAACUCAGAGUAUUUUCGUGUUUCUGCCUUUACACGUCAAAGAAGCAACAUUUACACGAGUUUUGCGUGACUUUUCCUGGAGCUAAGGCCAUUGACAGGUGAGAGUACACGGAAGUAGUAGACUGUCUUCUGUGCUCUGAAGUUAGGAGUCAAAGUCCAGUCUCGGUUUACUCAUCAAUUUCACGGUUUUAUAUUGUACCUGCGACGACCCACUCUCUGGACGCUGUAUUUGUGUGAUGCUUUUCCGUGCAUGGUAUGUAAGUGUGUGUGUGUGUCUUCGACUAUAAUUGGUUUUUGUGUGUAAAGCUCACUGUGUCAUGUUGCCGCAGCUGUCUUUUGAUGUGGUCUACAAGGUAAGAGAAGGAAGGAUUGGUGGUGGUGGUGGUGGAGCUGCAGCGACAAAAGCAAGAACCUGUUAUGUGGGUCUGACUGUAUGGGGUGUGGUAAGGUGGCAGGCGUGUUUGUCUCUUCAUUAUUCAGUCCCUUGUGUAAAGGAUUGCAACUACAGACACCUUCUCACCUUACAGUUGUUUGGUGUGAACGGAUGCUGGAUUACUGUGAGAAACUCGACUUAUCCUGCUGUCGGAGUGGAUCUCUCUUAAAGUGAGCUUCCUAUCAACAGUCUGUUGUGGAGCAAUGGGAAUGAUCGAAUACACAAAAAAGUGUCAGACCAAUGUCGAACAGCUUGUCUAAAGAUACUAUGAAUAAUAAUGCUUUGAGUUGGUAUAGUCAGCUGAUAUGUGAGUUUCAGAGUGGCGUGGGCAUGCCUGUCAUAUUCCCGCAAUACCCUGCAGGCAUGUCUGCUUUGACCUGCUGGAACAGAGAUGGAAAUGAUUGUGAGCAAGUUCGGGCAUGCUGUUUGUUCAGAUAUGUACUCUGUUGUAAGAUCUGCAAUAUAACAAGGUUGGACAUUUCUUUUGCUGUCCAGACUUUGCUCCUUUGCCAUGUUGUCUGCUGGGGCUGAAGUUUUGCAGCUCAGCCAGUUGUUUUAGUAAGGGCUAUCAUUUGUGAGCCUUAGUAAUGACGGGCUUUCAGAGCACACCACGGGUGUGUCCCUUUGACACACAGGAGCUGGGGUUUUCUUACAUUCGCUCCUCCCAGUCAGUGUUUUCUUUCUCUCUCUCCCUCUCUCUUUCUUUAUUACUCUUCUCCCUGCUUUCAACGGUUACACCUGCAGUCGGUGUUUUUAUUUGAAUGGUGAGCAUGUCAACUCCCACUUCAGAUAGGGGAGGACUUAUGAUUUCAAACACAGCAAAACCAAAGUGUAGGCUUGAAAAGUUGUCCAAACUGUUGUUUAUUAACCUCCAAGUGUUGACGGUUCAUUUCAUGGAAGUGCUGAGUGUUAUUUUGCACUUUUAUGGCGCCCACUGCAGAUACUUAGCCACUUUCCUUGUUAAGUUGUGAACUUAGUGUUAUUGCAUUCACCAGUGGUAAAUCUAUUCCUAAUGCUCAAUACUGCUUUUUAUUGCUUUAUCGCUUUUUACAAGGAAGUUAGCUGAGAAAGUUGUUUAUACACCACAAGGCAUUUGUAUAAUAGUGCUUAAUUGGUUGUCUGACAUGUUGUAAUUGCUUUACAUCUUAUAGUGGCUGAAUGUUGAGGUGAAGAUAUCAAUACAGUUACUGCCUUCAUGAGGAAUUUCAUGAAAACUCUGGAUGAGAAAGCAGAGACUUCAUUUGAUGACUUCCACAUAACUUAUAAAAUGAGAAAUAAUGUGAAAUUGUUUGACUACAGUUUUUUGAUGAAUGUAUCAUUAACUGAAGAGUAAGAGCUUUUUUUCUGUUUGAGUUACAGUGAAUAACAUUUACCAUUUCAUUACUAAGGACCCCCUUCAAAAUGAGAUGAUGCAUCUCAAGGGGUUUAUCUUGAAAUACUACAUUUCCUACUUAUAAUCGCACGGCAGGUUGAGCUAGGACUGGGCGAUUAUAUGAUCGUGAUUGAUGAUCAUGAUAAAUUUCCGUUCAAUUACGGUGAUCAGCUGUGACCAUAUUUACUCCAUCAAACAUGGCGGAAAUGUGCGUCACAACAGCCAAUCAGAGUCGAGCUUUUCCUGCUCACUUCUGUAAGUUGUCAGGGAAGUAAACAGAAUGACCAAACAUGGAGCUAAAUGCAGAGCUGAGGGCAGAAAAAUAGAUGUCAGCCAUGACUUUGAGUUAUUCUCUGAAGAUGUUAUUGUUGAGAAGUUAUUCUACGUCAGUUGUGUGGCGGUCGUUCGGGAAUCUCCAAAGUGACUUCGAGCAAUUAAGCCGACGUGCAAGGUAUGUCGGUGAAUUUCAAAAAUAUUGAAAUAACUAAACUAGUUUCUUAAGUUUUUAGUACAGAUGCUGUAAAACAGGCAGUUAAAAAAACGUGAUAAUAAUCAAGAUUGGAUGAUAUGACAAAAUAUAUAGUGAUCAUUUUUUUUGCCCAGGCCUAGGUUGAGCAAGUUUUUGUAUUUUUUGUUAUUGCAUUGCGUCAUACUGUGUAUGUGGUCAUAAGUUUUGAUAGUUAAAUGCAGAGAAACCUUCUCUAUAAAUAGAGAGCAUGUCUCGACUUAUUGCGAGUGAUGUAACGUCAUCAAAAUCUCACCAAAGGAUAAUACCGUAGACUGUAUACAGUAUGAACAACUUGGCUCCGCCUACCGUCAUUGUAUGAAUUUGAAGCCAAAUUGCUCUCGGUAUUUCCAGGAUUUUCUCUAUUACCUGAAACUAGCGUUUGUGCAUUAAUGCUCAGAGGAAGAACAUAAUGAUGACGCUCGACUCAAACAGAGUAUCUGCUCAGCGGAUGAUCUACACAAUCUUCAUACACCCAUAGACUGGCUAACCAGUGUGACAAUAAUUACAUGUCAACAUCGCAACCAGGGGGGAGAAAAAUCUAUUGUCUGUGUAAUUGAUUUUUAAAGUUUGUCCAGACUCUAUUAAGAUUGCUGGAGGAGGUGGGGUUUAUGACCUAUACUGCAACCAAUCACCAGAGGUGCUGUUCUUGUGGAGCUCUACCAAGCAAGGAGGCAGAGGACCUCCAUUCUAUAUUCAGUCUAUGGAUGAUACUUUGCAACUUUGAAAGGUGGAUUUCAAGCAUUUUUACAGACUAUAUUUCCUCUCUGAUUCCACUUUAAUAGCUUUACAUGAUUUUUAGAUCAACUAAAGCCUCAAAUUUCUCUUUAAGCAUACUUUGUUUUGAUUGGCCACCUCUCUGGAGGUUGUCAGGAAGCCGGCCAAGGGUAGAGCUCGACGUUUGUGUCACGCUCGGAUGAACUAGUAAGGAGAGUCGAUAAUUCUUAUGUCAGAAUUUUAGUGAAUCUUCCACUUAAACUAGGGUCUCGCAUUUUUGCACGCUUGUGUGACAUUUGAGCAGUUUACAUGUAUUUUCUAAGAUUAUGACAACAUACGUUUACCUUGGGAUUUGAAACUUUGUAUACAUCUGGUAUGGACAUGAAACUUCUCAACUUUGCAGUUUUUGUUGUAAAUGUGGAAAAGCAUGAUACCCCCUCCCAUUAAAAUAAAUCUUAAUCUUUUAAAUUUCUUAAUCCAUGUAUCUACUUGAAUCUGUUCAGAACAACAGUUUACCAAGUGGCUUCUCAUAUUACUCAUAUUCUCAGACGUGUAGGUUGCUACAGUCUUGCAGACAAUCUAACAGUGUCUGCAUGUUGUUUUGUUUGUCUCUCAGCUCUUCUUUCUUAUUUCUGGAUUUUGGGAAAUGAAAAUGCUCCAUCUUGAGAGACUUAUUCACGUGCUCACUCUGCCACAAUGUCAGAGCCAUGGGAGCAGAGGGCUGGUUCAUGAUUCCAUGUUAGGAUGGCAAAGGCGGUUUAGUUUUGGAUGCGGGCCAAGGCUAACACACAGAAUACAUAGACACACGCACACACACACACACACACACGCAGUGGCCAAAUCUCAGUGUGACCAUUCAAAUGAGGCUGAGUCAGCGAAGCACUUGGCCAAGCCACAGCAGCAUUUUACCAUAGCCUCACCUUAACUUUGUGUGUGUCUGUGUGUGAGUGUGCGGACUGGAGCAGAAUGAACGCCAGCCAACCACCAGUGACAAAGUGGCUGAAAUCGCAAUGACAGCAUAUGAGUAUGAAGGAAUACUCUGGACAAAAUACUCAGUGGGAUCUGGGUAAUAGACAAACAAACUGACUAUGAGUGUGUGCCACAGAGUUUUAAGUAGUUUGUGAUCACUCAUGGUGUGUGUGUAAUUCUACAACAGUCUUGUGUGGCUUAAUAUGCCAAGUGGUUUAGCACUGUAAAUCCAGGGCUAGCCCAUUAGCAGCAACAAUUUAGCGUUGCUGCUAAUGGCCUUACAAUAGAUUAAGAAGUAAUGCUUGGGCUUAAAGUGGCUAAAGCCAUUUUAAAACUCCUCUCAUAAGCAGUCGCUCACCGCCACAAGAAUGUCAGUGGUAGGACUUGUACCGCUGUAAGGGUUGUGUGAGGCUGUUUGUGUGUUGCACUGAAGCACAGGGGACCGCAUUCUCUUAUACUCGCUCAAAAAUGUAGAUGUUUUGACAGCUACAAAGAGCAGCAACCCAAAAGAUGGCAUGCUGAGUUAUCUGAUGUAUGCUGCCAUUUCGAAGUUGAAACCCUGGUCCCUAAUGUAAAACUUGACAGCUGCUAUAGGCACCCUUUAAGAGACAAACGUUCAUUUGUAGCUUACUGCCAUGUUAAGUCGCCGACUUUGUUUUGAUUGUGGUGUCAAGGUUUCAGUUUUAGUUUUAAUGCACUCUCAGCAUCAUAAACCCUCAUGAGAUCACUUGAAGUUAUCUCCAAUUUCCCCCUUGGGGAAAAAUAAAGUUUUUUUUAAAUUUGAAUUAUCUUUUAAUUUGUGAGCAUUAUCUUCUACAGCAGUGGUUCUUAAGUCCAGUCCUCGAGGCCCACUGUCCGGCAUGUUUUGGAAGUUUCCCUGCUCCAACACACCUGAUUCAAAUGAUCAGCUCGUUAUCAAGCUCUGUAACGAGCUGAUCAUUUGAAUCAGGUGUGUUGAGCAGGGAAACAUCCAAAACAUGUAGGACAGUGGACCUCAAGGACUGGACUUGAGAACCACUCUUCUACAGGAAUAUAUCCUGAUAUUCUGAUGUCGUGAUUGGUUAGAGGAAAUACCCACUUUGUCUUUCCAGGAUUGAAGCUUGAAGGAUUUUUGUGGGAGAAAAAGUCUUAAGAUGAGUGAUAGAUGAGAGCAGCGCAGUGAAGGAGUGAAGGGCUCCCUUAUUAGGACAGCUUACAACUGCCGAGACAGGAUAUGACACGCAAUAUCUCCCUGUGGAAUGUGUAACAAUAGUGGUGCGUGUGUUUUUGUGAGGCUCCUGUGUAUUUGGUUCCACAAAUGUAUGUUUUUCUUUCCUCACGUAGAUGGAAGGAAAAAAAAGGCAGCAUUAACUUCACCAAAACUCGCCACAGCUCUGUUUGAGUGUUCAAGGAUAUAACCAGCGUCACACACUCUCAUUUGCCGCCUUUAUUUAGUCUCUGACCCUCAUACAACCACUCGCCCUCACACAGAUGUGUUCACCCACUCAGGCUGGCAGAAGUGCACACUCAGACCCAAUACAGGAGCCUUUUGUUCACUCAGACAGUCCAGCGUAUGCUGACAUGGAGCAGAUUUGAUCACCAUGAGUCAGUGAACUUUGAUGUAGAAAAUGGUUUUUGCCCUGCUUUGGAGAUGAGCCACACUUGUGUCAUGCUGUUAUUAGACAGACAUGGUUGAAGUAAUCUUUCCCAGAUUCUUCAUUCCUGUCUCACCAGCUUCCCUGCUGAGAAAGUCAGAGAAACGAGUCACUAAUUUGAGUUCAGGAGUGAUGUUCACUUAUUUCUAUGCCUCUGUUUGGAUGUAGGUCAUGGUACCAUGUGUUAGGCUGUAUUAUUAUCCAAAGUAAAGGUUUGUGAUUUUAAAAAGCAGCCUUCCUCCUUUGUUUCAGAGCAAAACCCUUUUUUCUACUGCUUUUUAUUAAAUUGGUGGUAUUCUUUGACUCUUUUUACUGUCAAUUUAAAACCAUUGUUUUACAGGGCUGGAGAUCCUUGAAAUGUCUGGUGUAGAGUGAGUGAAGGCAUCAGGUUUGAUAUUAGCCUUGUUAAAAAAAGGUAACAAAAUAACACAGAUAUAAAUUUACUUAAUGUUAUCUAAUAUCAAAUAACAAAUUGCACAUUAACACACAACAAAAAGAAGACUUAGAUGUAAACAUUUAGUGCAAAUGGAUAGACAGACAUCGAAUAUAGAGCGAACAGAAUCACUGUGUUGCUGUGUAAAGGCACGAUCUGAAUGUUGGAAUGGCAUCAUUUAUCAGAUGUCUGUUCAGUUAAGUUGUCAAUAUCGGAGCCGAUAUCUGAUCCAAAUAUCAGAUCGGUGCAUCCCUAGUCUGGUGUCAGAGAGUGAAUUGAUUUAAAAGAAGAAAACCCAACACGUAAGAGGUCGAAGUGCAGAAAGCUUUUCAUCAUCUUGUCUGCGUACAACACAAUAGUAGUUCCUCGGUUGGUCUACGAUCAGUUUGGACCCUCCCUCAUUGUUCAGACAGCCCAGGAUCUGUGGAGAUAAUUAUUGUCAAUGUGUAUAUUAAGAAGAUACUUCUAGCUUUGACUGUUUCUGAAAGCACUGCUUCUGUGUCAGUCCAAUACAAGCAUGAGAAAGAUGCUUGUCUGUUUUUAUGAGGCCUGUCCAUGAAUGCUCUGACAGUGUGAUGGAGGGGAGACAAUGACACACACUUCAGAGUUUGAUCAGUACAAGAAUUAGAAAUUAGAUAAAUAUCUGCAUUUUGCUGCUUUGAGAGGGGUGACCAUCAUUACAGGCUUUUUCAGAAUCAAGCGGAACACACUGGAGGCAGACUGUGACACCACGCAGUCUGUAUAAAAAAAGUUCUCCCAGUGUUAGCCAAUGCUGGCAUCAAUGGAUGAAGAAAUGUAAUGGUAUUUUAUCGGGAUGUUAUGGCCUGUAAGUGGACCCAGCUGGCAAACGUAUGUGUACUUGCAACUGAAUCAGCUCUCUCUGCUUUAUUGAAUCAGUGAAUUAAGCGUGCUUGAGCAAAACUGUGAUUUAGUGCUGAUGUUAGAAGUGACAUUUGCUGCUUAGACUGGGAUUCAAAGCCACAGGCUUCCACUCCCGUCAGGGCAGUAAAAGCAUAGGGCGCAAACAACGAAGUAAUCAGGACAUAGACAGGUUUUAAAUAUACAAUGAGUAGGGAAAAGUCAAAACAUAUGUAUUUUAAAGGAUUUGAAGGAUAAUAUUGAUUUUAGAGACUCGUCCUUACAUCACUUACAUUGUAGAUGCUAACACUAGGAGGAGGUGAUGCUGUUUGCUGGUUACAAAUCACCCUGAUACACAACUUAAAUUUUUUUUUUUUUUUAUCCGCUGCUGUGGCUUUGUGAAGGGAGUAAAUCUGAGGACUAGAUUCAUAAUGUGGGUGUACAGAAAAUAAAAAAAGUGUUUUUAAUCGGUGAUGACAUUAUUGCAGCAUCUAUGUUGUGGCAGCCUGUUAAACUUAGGAUGGUACAGAGACCGGUGUAGGUACCAGAUGUGUUCGGGCUGCCAGAUCGGCUUGGGGCUCGGUGCCUACUGAUGACGUCACACUAUUUGAUUGGUUGAAAGUUGGUAUGGAUGACAUUGAAGAUAGUGGUUGGUCCAGAGAUUACAGAAGCGGUUUUCGGCAGAUUAAGUUUCAUGGGAUUGCUACUUAUCAAAGGAGAUUUCGACAGUCAGACUACUGCCUCUUUGAAGUUGCCAAAGAAAAUGUGGAAUAAAAGCAAAACUAUCUAUUGAUGAACUGAGAUCCUGAAAAGUUAACAUAUACAAUUAAAGCCAUUUAAAAAUUACAGUACACUAAGUUGUAAUUCUCUGUAUUAUAUAAAGAGAAAAUUUCGAGGUCAAUUGAGUUAACAAAUGGAAAUAAAGAAAACCGUGAGGUGCUUUUAACCAAGCACAUUUAAACUAUUAAAUGGAGCGCAAUGUAGUUUGUCCGAGUGGACUUGCCGUAGUGUGAUGUCUUCAACAGGCACUUGGCCCUGCACUGAUCUGGCAGCCCAAACAUAUUUGGUACUUAGACAGGUACUUUGCCCAUAACUGGUCCAAUCCAUUGCUAAGAUUUGUAAAUGAUCCUAAUUUGGCACAAGCUCUUAUUGAAUGGAAAAAAAGAAGUUGAAAAGAGAGUAGAUUAAAAAAGAGAGAUAUUGAAGAGAUUUGAAAGAUUGAUGUGAAAUGGAUAAGCGGUAACAUAUUCAGGGGAGAAUGCUGGACAUUGUGGAAGCAUUGGAGGGAUGCCAGUCAACAGUGCAUUGGCCUCUGCAAAAGGAGAUGCUGUCCAAAUGUGUUAGUAGUUUUUGAAAGCCGUCCACAGCUGAGCAAAUCCCCUCAUUCGACAUGAAGAACAAGCUUCAUUACAGUAGGAGGUCCGGGCUUGAUCCCAGCAAACAAAAUGUAUUAUCUUCCUAUCAGAGAAAGUCUGUUGUGAAGUUUUUCUAAACUCUUGUCAAACAGAGCCCCCGGUUUAAAAGUGUAUUCUCCUGGAUGUGCGUUUAAAUGAAAUGUCAGCCGUAUUACAGCUCGGAAAACAUGGGAAGUCUUUUAAAAAGCAGCAAAAGCGAAGCCUGCCACCUUGUUCCCUACUCAUGAGACAACAACCCUUUGGUUUUAAGAUACCUCUGACUUUUUGAAGUUUGGUGUAACUUCAUGAUGUGAUGCCGUCUCUUGAUAACGCCUCUCAGUACUCUCACACUUUUUUACAUCCUCUGAACAAGGAUGUGCUAACAAGCUUAACACUCUGCAGCUGAAAACUUGCUGAAAUCAUCUCCUGUCACGAAUCUCACCUUCUAUUUUUAACCCUGCUAAGCAGACGGUGAAAAAAAGGCCGUAGGAAAAAAAAUGCAUCCUGGCUCAUGCCGGUCCUACUUCCUCUCCUAAAAGAAUAAUAAUUUUCAUAAAUUAAUUCUUGAGUUGCCAGCCUUUUUCUGUCUCCAUUUUUAAUCCCCUCAGUCUUUCCACUUACUCUGGUUGUACCUGUACCGACUAUAUACCUGCUUCUUUACUCUCACAGUUCUCUAUAUCACUCCUUCCUGCUCCUGCUGCUAUUAACUUCAAAAUAUCAAUUUCAUUUACACCUCAGUGUGUGAAUUUCCAGGUGAAACUGUACCACAUCCCUUCUGACUUUGUAUUCUGGUGAUUCAGCAUGGCUGUUUGUGACUUCUUUCAAUAAAUCCGGGUGUUGGUUGAAUCUCUUCUCUCUGGUGUUGUUGACCCUGUCCUGUCCUGUCCUGUGCUCUGCUCUCAGCGUGUGAAUGGAGCAGUGUGCGAGUACGGCCUCCCUGCUGGCCUCGGUGCGGGAGCAGGAGAGGCAGUUUGAGAUGCUGAGCCGAGCUCUGGAGGAGGAGCGGAGGUCAUGUGCCGGCACCCUGCCCCGCCCCCUCCCCAACAUGCAGGUAACACAGAAUAACCCCAGCCCACUCCUUUCAAUCCCUCGUAUGCACACUUUCCAUCAUGAAAUCUCCUGGAUUCUCCCUCGAUCUGAGGGAGUUCAUCUCCUGUCAUGUCUCCAGUCAUCCCCAUCUCAUCUGCGAGGACGUGCAUGAUGGCUGCAAAAGCUGGUGCAUUCUUUCGGGAGGGGAAAAUUCCUCCUCAGUUUAAACAAGGUCGAGCUCUUGAAGGCUGCCUAAAAGUGUGUGAUCUUAGAGAUGAGUUAAAGAAUGCCUCUCGACAACGAUACAAGGAUACUGAAGCCACCUUGAAGUAGGUUUGAAAUAUUAUAGUUUUUAUUCUUUUAUUUAAGUCUUUAUUAGAUAUGGGCAGCCCCAACACCUAAUCACAUAUUUGGAAUAAAUACAACUAGUUCAGUUUAUAAACACUAAUGCCAGACAUCUCUCACUUACUGUGCAAGCCAUAACUUCAUUAAAUGGAGGACUUUUGUCAGCUAAUGAGCUAACGUUAGCUAAGCAGCUUAACUGGCAGCCCACAAAGUCCUACCUGUAACUUAAAAAAAGAAACAGGUGUUUCGCCUGUCCUGACAUCCAUUUACUCAUGGUGCAUCAAGCUAAUUAUGUUACAAGCAGCUCGGCUAGCAGCCCGUCUAUACAUGAUGAGUCUGCUGUAGAGAAUCUGUGUAUCUUUCGAAUCUGUGUAUCAUUCAUUCAAUUGAUAUUCAGUCAAGAAUCAAAAAACAAAACAUUGAAAAGUGGUUCGUUUUCCCUUUUUCCCUUUUUGAAAUGAAAACAAAUAAAUGAAAAUUCAUUCGUUUUCCAAUAUUCCGUCAGUUAACAUAGAUCAAAUAAACAUAAUAAAUGGACUGAUUUUGUUUUUAUUAUAUAAAUUGAUACGAGUAGUUAGACUGUGAAUGAUACACAGAAUGUAAACAAAGGUCCUUAAAAGCCACACCUCUUGAACAUCUGCUCGGAGUGUCACCAUUUACUUAACACCAGUCAAACCGACACACCGGCAAAAACACAGACGAUACAACUUCUGGGUCACGACAAACGUACAAAUUAAAUAAUAAAAACAAAGUCAGCCCGUGGCCCGUAAUUUAACUUUUGUUAAACGAAUUUUCAUUUAUUUGUUCAUUUCAAAAAGGGAAAAAGGGAAAACGAACCACUUUUCAAUGUUUUGUUUUUUGAUUCUUGAUUGAAUAUCAAUUGAAUGAAUGAUACACGGAUUUAUUCGUUCAUUCGGUUUUCAAAAUGAGAAAACAAGAAAACAAAUUGUUUUCUAAAUAUUCGUCUUUAAAACGAAAAUGAAAAAACAGAACGGCUCAUUUUCUGAUUUUCAUUUUCCACAGCUCAGAUGAAAAUGGAAUAAAUGGAUAAAAACAAUUUUAUCUGAUUUGGACUUUUUUGUCGGUAGAAAAUCUCAUGGGGGGCGGCCCCCAGCCGUAUGUCUGAUACGUGUCCUUUUCUCCUCAGGUUGUUUUGGGCACAGAACUUUCUGACUGACAUUUUAGAGCACAUUGGCACUCCUGCCUCCUGCAGCGUUUUGGAAAUCUCUUCAUGAGUUUUGCCAUCCUGAAAAAUGUGCUGUAUGAGCUCUAAAUAAUUCUCAGGUCCAGCCAUGACGCUAAAGGUUCACUUCCAUGUCAUGAAACUUUCUACAGACGAAAAAGUCUUGAUUAGGUAAAGUUGUCGUUAUCCAUUUAUCCCAUUUUCAUUCGAGCUGUAGAAAACGGAAAUCAGAAAAUGAGCUGUUAUCCGUUUUUUCAUUUUCAUUGUAGAGACAAACAUUUAGAAAACAAUCUGUUUUCUCAUUUUUUUUCAUUUUUGUUUUUUUUUUUUGAAAAUCGAAUUAACACAUGAUACACGGAUUGUGGAGGACUAUAGAAAUCCUUGUUUCCAAUCAAAUUUGCUUCAGCUGAUUGUUUCCAACUUUUAAUGAUUUUCAUUAAAGAAAAAUAAUCUUCAGACAUUCUCAGUAAGUGUAAAUAAAAACAAACAAACACAUUUUUGGAUUUUUUUUUAGCACAGUUGACCAUACAGACGUAGGUAUUCAGAGUCAAUGUAUGCUCAUCUGAGAGGAGGCUUUUCAUCGACGUAUGCAAAACUUCACAUAAAGAGGUGACUGUCACCAAGGCCUGCUGUAGGAAACAGCAUGAAACACUGGUGACAGCAAUGUGAUGUCUCCCCAGUAAGCAUUAAAACAUUUUCCAAGUUUGCCCAGCAGACAGUUUUAGAUCGACUCCAAAAAUCAAUGAAUCGGGCCUCUCUUUAUACAACCCCUCACAUCUGUCCAUAUAGAGUGAUUAGUGGAUAAUUAAUACUUUAGUUACUCUCUUUUUCUUUUCUUGUCCUACAGAAUACCAUAUUGAAGUUUGUCGCAAACCCAAAGAUGGUGUUUUGCUAUUUACCGAUUUAGAAAAUACUCUCACUCCUUUACUCCUAAAACAGUUUGAGGAUCAGUUAAUUCGUCUUUAACAUGAUGCAGAAUUGAUCAAUUGAGACCACUCUCACUCUGUCACUGUUCCCAGAGAGGUGGUUCAUUAUCUCCAGGGAUACAUCCAGCUCAUCUAAGAGCUGAUUAAGUCAUAAUUCAGUGAUUACUUUUUCAUAUGGGGUCCUUGCCUUAUUUGACCAGCACUAGAAUAGCAGACUUAGCAUUUUGUAGCCAGAGAGGCUCCAGAAGGAAAAAGUUGAAUCUUUAGAUAUCAUUUUAUGUUGUUUAUUUGCUCUGAAUUAGGAAUAGAAUAGUAUCAAUAAUAGUACUAAUAAGCAACCCUAUCUUUCUUAGAUGGUAAAAACUGGACAGAUAUGAGGGGAUGAGCUAAAUGUUUCCAUCUUAAAUAUGAUUGCUAGAUAUGGUUGAAUACGUACCCUUUACAUAUAAGGAAACUCUACACCUGACACAGUUAACAUUGAAAAUCUAAGAUCCACAUUUGAAAUGAAACAGAAAGAAUCAUAAAAUCAUAUUUUUACCAAAUACCCCAGCACUGGACUGAAGCACCGUCUAGUAUUUAGCCUUCUUGAGGAGGUAAUUUAACCCUCUGUUACUGUCCACAGCUCUUCAUCGUGUAUUUUUUUCCAUCCUUCAUUGAUUCAGUAACCGUCAGUGUAUCACGCCAAUCCUAAAUCCCUCCAUCCCCAUUUUCAUGACCCUCCACCAGUCCAGCUUAUUAACAGAUCAACAUUUGUCUUGCAUGCGGAGUAGUGCCUUGCUUAAUUUUUUGUAACGCAGUAUUUACCUUUUCCUGUGCCAUUGUCACAAGUAUAACAAUGAAGCUACAUAAAUCCAGCCAGCUCUUUCAUCAUAUUUAUUACUAGUAUAAACACGAUGUUUUCUCAGCUGAUAUUAUCGAUGGAUCAAAGUCCAUUUACAAAAACAAGCGUCUCAGACCUGUUUUUUUUAUCUGCCAACAAAUUCUUCCUCCAAAUCUUCGACUGGGACUGAUAAGCUCUGAAAUGCGUCUGCCGUUUUCAUACACGCCCUCUUUAUCAUGUGUGAGUCAGUAACCUGGUUUCAGGGACUGAGGAGUGACUUCACGGUCUGAAUCUGCCUCACAGACAGACGUGUGUUGGCAGUCACACCCACAUUCGCUCAUUCUUUCGCUUCCUUAUUGACACUCAGUCAUCAGUGUGCGGGAAUAAACCAACACAUGCGCGCACACUCUUACCACCACACUUUUAUGUCCCUCAGGCAACCUUUGAAACGCACACUCAUAAACCAGCAAGCUCCCCCUGCUUGCGUACUUUCCCUCUCUUUUUUUGCCGCUCCAGCUCGUAGGCAGCACUUACCAGGACAUGUCCGCGCCCUAGGAAAUACUAGUGUUCAUUUAGGUGUAGAGAUGUAGUUGGAGUGUGUGUUACAGUAAGAGCAGGGCAGAAAUGUAGCCCGUACUGGCUCUUAUCUGUUCAGUGUGUUUACAUAGCCCAAAGGCUCCAGCAUGCCUUUGCCACUCUCCCAGCAGCGACCUCAGUUCGUGCUGACAGGUUCCCACACGCUCGCAUCUCCCAGGCAUUUUCUACUUUUCCCUCAAGCUGCGUCCUUAUCUGAACUAGAGUACAAUCCUCUACUAAGUCUACACUCUGUGGAGUUUAUUCCCUCUUGGCCGAGUGGCACUGUACAAGCUUGUCACUGUAUUAUUUGGAGCGUUCAGUGGGAUAUCUCUACCGUCACUGAUUCAAUGUUGAGAAUCCCCCUCCUGGCUGUGCUUCUCUACCUCCAGAGAGCUGAAGAUAAAAAAUUCAGAGAUUGCAGUAGAGAUACUUUAAGCUCCCCCUGUGGCUGGAAUGGAAACUGCGCCACACCCAUCACCUCUCUUGGGCUGGCUAUGCUGGUUUUGUCAAGUCUUUGUUCGUCUCACUCAUUUGGCACCUAUCUUUUUCAUUACUGACUGAUGACUUAAUCCAUUUAUUCCGUUAUCAAAGUCAUUCAUACAUUAUCUGGAUGAAUGUGCUCAAGAAUGAAGACUGCAUGAAAGCUUCUUGUGUGUCUGUGCUGAUAUUCAUGAUAUUCACAUGCAUGCAUAUGAGUUUCAUUUUGUGUCAUUCUCAUAGUGAGUGAGUUUUUGAAAUACUCACACAUCCUCACUUGAUUUUGAAACAUUGGUAUAUUUUGUCUCUGUUGUGGUUGUGAUAACUGUAAAAGUAAUAUAACGUUUGAAGAAGGGAAGUCCCUUUUCCACAGCUGAAGUGCAGUAUGAAUUGUCCGAGUUUCACAGUUGUAUCUUUUUUAAAAAUUUGAUUUACAAUGCUAAUAAUUUUUUAUUUGACGCCUGGAAAGGUGCCCCCUGGAGCCAUUAUUGAAUGUGUCCUAAAGCGCAUAUUCAUAGUUUUAUCCCAAGCAGUUAGUGCGCAAGAGUGCAUGUUUAACUCCCUUGUGUGUUUCCUCCUCACCACAGAACGGCCGUCUUCCUUGUGAUGCAGACAUAGAGAGGCUUACUCUGAACGAGGGUUACAUCAACGGGACACAUCACGUAAGCAUUUCUGAGAACCCUCUCUUUGUCCACCGUUUGAGUCAGGACGAAAUCAGGAAGUUUGGAGACCUUUAGUCAAGUAAUACACCAAAAUGUGCUCUUGUAGUUCAAGAUGGAGCCAGGUCCGCUGGUGCAGGAGACAUACACGGUUGAGGAGGACCCCCAAGAGCUACCUCCUGUUGUCUCCGUGGAGACCACCGAAGAUGGAGCCACAAAGCGUACAGAAACCACAGUAAGUGAAAUGAUAGUGGAAACUUCCUUAUCAAAGUAUGCGUUUAAAAACCCUCCUGUGAUCAUGAAAGACAACAGAUUUAUCAGAAGCUUGUGGUCGCUCAGCUGAGCGUUUUUCACUGAUACUUCUUUCACUAUGAAAUAGAUUGACAACAACCAUGGCAAGGAUCACGUGGAGCAAUAGCCCACCAGCUUGACUAAUCUAGAUUUUCUGUGCUGUCUCAAUUUAAAUAUAGUUCUUUCUUGUCUUUCCAGCCUAUAGAGACAUUUCCUAUACAUUAGAUAUGCCUGUGAGGUUCAUACUGCAGUUCACAAGCAGAGCAAUGAGUCAUAAAGACGACUAGAUCACUCAGAUCUCCCUGUAGCGCUUUACUUCUGACUCCUGAAGAGAGACAACCCUGCCAUGCAUUUCUGCAAACAGCCCACUUAAAUUCAUAAUUCCAAUGAAUCCCAAGUGAAAUAAAAUGAAUAGUGUAAACAAGAGAAGAAGCCAUGACUCCCUCCCCUUGACUGAUUAACUCGUGACUGAUUCAAGGGCUCUAGGAAAAAGUUGGAAAUGUCAGUGAUAGAUUUGGACAGCAGGUAGUUUGUUGUCGUGUUUUCAGUGAAUGGAAAGAGAUGAGCAGAUAUUAUUCUGUUGUUCGUGGUCUGUCUUUGACUGCAGAAAACAGCGUGAUCUGUUCUGUAAUUCAAUGCACACCCUGACAGGAUACAUGAUCAAUGCCUCCACAUGCUGUGAAUGACAUGCAGACAUUUGAACAAGCAGACAGAUCAAUAUUAAUGAAUGCAGCAAAGGUAGGAAGCAUACAUUGACCUGUUUAUAAAUGAUGCCAGUCUUUUUGUGUAUGCUGAGGUGGAUAUCACUUAGUGGUAGAGCCGGUCAUCUCUCAAUCUGAGGGUCUUGGUUAGAUCCGAAGUCCUGCUGUCCACAUGUGCUUUGAGUGGUCAUUAGAUGAUAGAAAGCGCUGUGUUAACACAGUCCUUCAACUAUUUAAAAUAGGGCUGUCCUGAUAUGAUAUUGAUAUUGGAUAUCGGUCUGAUAUCAGCCAAAAAGCAAAUAUCGGAUUCUAUUGGCCUGCAUCUAAAAUCUCCGAUAUCUGCACUCUGAUACAAGUGGUCCAUUCCAGACUCCACUGCGGCACCUCUAGCGAGCAGCGCCCAGAUCCAGCAUGCAGAGCCCACAUGAUCACACAACAGUGUGUACUAAGGUACAAACAAAGUAGCAAGGAGUAGGAGUGAUGUCGGCCGUGUGGCAGUAAUUUUCGUCUAAGUCUGAAAAAGACAUUGCAGCGGAGUGCAAAACUUGUCAUGCACAAGUUUGUGCCAAUAUCAGAUCUGUAUCGGUAUCAGCUGAUACUGAAGGCUACAAUAUCACUAUCAGAAGUAAUAAAGUUGUAUCGGGACACCCCUAAUUUUAAAUAUCGACCUGUGAGAAAGUCAUUCUCCCAGACAGUCCGUAUCCUAGUACCUGAUCCUACCUGACCUUGAUAACAUCUCCCUUUGGUCUUAUCUCAACUUGCCACUGCUGUCCACAGCUGACAGGACUUCAUAACAUAACAAUGGCAUUAAUAGCACAUAAAAACAUGAGUCGAGGUCUUAGAGCUACGCCUGAAGAACCACUCAUUCAUAUGAGUGUAACUAGUUGUUACACUCUAGUGGAGAUUAGAUUAGUCACAUGAUUAUGAUGGCGUGAGAGGGUUGGGCGCUUUCAGAUGGAGGGCAGGAAGUAAACAUGGAGAAUAUGUCUAUGGAGAAAACCAUUGCAGAGAGUCUGUAUUGUACGAAUUUAGAUUCAGUUUCAAAGAUAUGAGCUGUUGAUUUGCAAAUAUGUUGGACGUGACCCGUAUCUCAUUGAGAUUAGUGAGUUUUCGACAAGAUUUGCCGACAACCAAGGCUGUUGAUCACUAACUAUCUGGUCCUUCAGAUAUCUACACCAAACAGCAGAUGAAAGCCUUUAAAAGUCUGGAGGCAUAUAACUUUUUUUGUCGUAUAACUUUCAUAUAACUUUUUUUUUCUCGUUGGAGAGAUGCCUCUGGUUUGGACCGAGGUUGACUGUCGGAGCCCAGUCUACCAACUCAAUGGCACCCAAGGCGCUAGGGCAGCCUAAAAAGUCCAGAUGAAGUCCAUAUUAGACUACCAGUAACUUCAUCAUAUUGGUUACUAAGUAAAUAAGCAUUUAACAACAAUCUAAUGCUACAUAAACACAGCUAUAAAAACCAAGUUAGCGAGCUAACAUACCUCUGAUGAAGUGGUCGCUGCAGACACGGGCAUUAGCAGACUCUGCCCCUCCCGGCUGCAGGUUUAAAAUCCAUUUUUUACGGUGUUGUUCUGUGACUUUUUUCCAUCGUUCACUUUUGUCAGUGAAGAUCUUAGGCACUCGAUAAAACCUCUUUUCCUUUUCACAGUUCAAAUGAUUCGAGCAGCCGAAAACCACACAAAACAUUGGAAUUUGCACUCUUACAAUGCAACACUGUGACGUCAUGUGAAACCCGGCUAUUGUUAUCUCACGAGCAAAAUUUUGAGCUGUAAACAGUGACUGUUGAAUUAUUAUUCCUGUUUUUUUGCUCUUUCAAGGUUAAGAAGACUACAAAGACUAUAACCACUCGCACAGUCAUCCCCUCUGUGUCAGACACACUUUCUAUGGAUGGCGGGGGUUCGGUCACAGGGGUGGGGGGCUACACAACACCCAUAGACCUGGUCUAUAGGCAGACACCUGGAGGUGGUGUGCCCAUGGACUUUCCCACUUACACAGUGCCACGCAACUACCACUACGGACCUCCCGCAGGCUUUGAGGACUACCGCGGCGGACCUCCAUCUGAGGCCUACACUAGCCUUAACAGGGGAGCUCGCAUGGAUGAUCGCUACAGGUAUCAGUUUGUUGAAAUCCCUCUCUGGAGAUCUUAGAUAAAGAAAAUGAGCGGAUAAUCUUACACUCAGACCACUUGUCUCCUCCCCAGACCGGUCCAUCCAGAUGGUUACAGAACUCUGGAUCCAAACUACAGAGCCCACAGCAGGAACCAGAUAGACCCCUAUGCUGCUCAGCCACAGGUAUGUUAAACAACGGGUGUGUCACUUGUGUUGAUUUGACCUCAUUUCCAGGAGUGUGAAAGGAUAGGCUGACCCUGACAGAUAUAGUUGUUGAUUUAAUUUUAGUUUGUUGCUGCAGUGAUUGAGUCAUGUUUCAGUUUUUUUGUCCGAAUUCUCUGUGCAGGUUGGGCGUAUGGGAAGUGCCAUGGAGCUGUCCUCUAUCCCGAGGUUUGUUCCAGAGCCGUACGGGCUGGAGGAUGAUCAGCGCAGCAUGGGUUAUGAUGAGCCCGACUAUGGCAUGGGACCACCAAUGCACUACAGCACUGUGCCACGCAACCACCAGAUGUACGCCCAUGCCCCCCCACGCAGGACCGGGUAGGUUGCUAAAGGGAAAGUUCAUAAUUCUUCCCUUUUGUGAUCAAAUCUCCACUUAGAAAAUUGCCUCUCAUCCACCAUGUAUGUAGUCAGGUAUAAUGUUCCUCACCUUCUCACGCAGGAGUUAUGAGGGCACUUUAGAUGGUGAUAUGAGUGGUCCAGAGAUGUACUACUGGGGAGGAGGAGCACCCCUGGCUCAGGGUGAAAGAGGUAGCAUGGCUUCAUUGGACAGCACCCUAAGGAAAGGUCCAGGCCCCGCAGGCUGGCGUCAACCAGAGCUGCCAGAAGUCAUCGCCAUGCUAAACUACAGACUGGACCCUGUCAAGAGCAACGCAGCUGCGUACCUGCAGCAUCUUACUUAUAAGAAUGACAAAGUAAGGGCUGCACAUGUACACCGAUUUAAUUUCAUGUCAGUAACUUCAAACUUACUGACUGCAUUUUCAUAAGAUCUGCAAUAUUCAAAGCUUUAUUAAAGGUAUCAAUCAUACAUGAUUUUAUUAGUUAUACUCAGACAUAAGAGGAUGUUAUGUUGCCCACAGCUGGGGGAGUGAGUCAGGAGGAGUCAGACUUGUAAAAAAAUGAAGCGUGCUUGUUGUUCAACCAUGUGACAGAGUUAGUGUUGUGUAAGUUUAUUUGAGCAAGAAAAAGCACUCAAAAUUUCAGUUAAAAUACGAAGUCAGACGAAAGCUCCAGAAACAGUUUUAUGCAGGACUUUAUAGUUCUAUGCUCUGGGCAUGCUUUCAUUUUGCCUGCCUACACAGUCGGGUAUAAGCAGUUGAGAUGAUCUCACUGUAUUUAAGUGAAUUAAUCAACCAGAAUGUGGUGGCCUGAAAAGGACAAAACCAACUGCAGGUUCCUGUUACGUGUGCAUUGAAAAUUAAAACUCAAGGUAAUUCGUACAGGGCGAUGACGGAGCAGUCAUUCAGUCUCUUUCCUUCAACCAGCUGUGAAGCUCCUCACACUCCAAGUUAAAGAAAAGUUGAUAUAAAAUCAGCUUGCGAUUGUGAGCUUAUAUGAAGCACAGUUUUUAACACGCUGAGUUGUUAACAUCACAUGACUUCAUAAGAAAAAAAACACUAACUGUUGUGUGAAAAGCAGAUCAUUGCUGUUUUCAACAGUACCUAACGCACAUUCAGUCCAUGUGGUGGGAUUUAUGUUACAAGCUUGCACAGUACCUUUUUUUUUUAAUCAAAUAAGUUCUUUAGCUGCCAAGCAAAUCUUUACCUUUUAGAAACAAAAGUAAACUCCACUAGACCACUGAUGUGAUGUGCUUUUUUGCUCUCCAGGUGAAGUCUGAAGUGCGUCGUCUGAAAGGCAUCCCAGCGCUGGUCUCUAUGCUCGAUAACCCAAACAGAGAGGUGUGUUGAUUGUGAUCUCCUCAGUUUUCUGUUCCUUUUUUCACUUUAGAAGUGUGUUGUGAUUGACCCAGGGGGGGUGAAAAUGAGGCUUAAAGGAUGAAGUGUAUUUCUUAUAUAACACUUCCACACUUCAUUUGCCUGAGAAAACUUGAACUUGAGAUGCUCCACUAAUACCAACCGAAAGGCAAGUAGAAAUAAGCAUUACAUACUUGCCUUCUUGUCAAAUCCUGUAGGUCAACAUUUGUGCUAAAUACGGUCAAAGCCAAAACAGUCCGUGGUUUUCUCUGAUUCCCUUUCAUUUGGCACGAGCAGAAGCAAAGCCUUGCUGAAGUUUGUACGGGCUUUACCAGAUGAACCACAUCGUGCAUGCCUCUCUGAAGGCCGAAGCAUCUUAAUUUCACAUUUCACAUUUUAUGCUCUAUGGCAAAUGACAGGUUUAAAGUCUUGCUGGCAGGAGAACUGGGUCAGUGUCUGUGUCCUCUAAGUAUUUAUAAGUGGAUACAGGAACUCCACACCUUUUUUUUUUUUUUUGUGUGUGAAGUGUGUUUUGCCAAAAGCUGACAUGCGAAAAAAUUACCUCUCAUGAAACCUUGCCAAAUUUAAAAUAAAAAUACACUGAAGUCAUUGAUAGAUUAAAUGUAGGAGAGUGAUAAUCAAGUCUAUGCUCCGUUAAAGUGAUGCUCUAUCCAGACUUCUGAUGUAAUUUGCCGCCGUUGUGUGUUUGUAGGUUCAUUACGCAGCCUGUGGAGCACUAAAGAACAUCUCGUUUGGCAAAGAUCCAGACAACAAGAUCGCCAUAAAGAACUGUGAUGGAGUGCCAGCUUUGAUCAGGCUGCUGAGAAAGACCCACGAGCAGGACCUCACUGACACCAUCACAGGUUAGAAAGUGCUGAGGACACCACAGCUACAAAGAUAUUGUGCAUCUGUACUGUUGACUGUUGUCUAAUUGAUUCAUUCAACUUUUGGUCAAAUAUUUUAUGUAAGUUGGUCAAAUUGGAAAAAGGCUUUGAGAAAAGAGUUGGGAAUGUCAGUGAUAGAUUUGGACAGAGAUUAGUUUGUUAGAAAAGAGAUGAGCAGAUAUUACUCUGUUGUUCGUGGUCUGUCUUUUACAGCAGAAAACAGCGUGAUCUGUUCUGUAAUUCAAUGCACACCCUGACAGGAUACAUGAUCAAUGCCUCCACAUGCUGUGAAUGACAUGCAGACAAUUGACCAAGCAGACAGAUCAAUAUUAAUGAUAUUGAAAAAUAUUAAUGAUAAAAAAGAGUUUGGUUUUUUUUGCAUAUUUUCAUUUGUACUUUUCUCUCAGGAACGCUGUGGAACCUGUCAUCCCAUGACUCUGUGAAAAUGGAGAUCGUGGAUCACGCUCUGCACGCCCUCUCAGAUGAAGUGAUGGUGCCUCAUUCAGGCUGGGAGCGAGGGAGCAACGGAGCAGGAGGAGGGGAAGAGAACUGCAAGCCUAGACAUCUUGAAUGGGAAAUUGCCCUAACCAACACAGCAGGCUGCUUGAGGUAUGGAGGGAAGGAGCUGUUGAACUGUUGCUAAUGAUAUGAAGGAGAUGGACAGAUUGAAGGAGGGUUGGUGAAAUUCUGCAAGGGAUGAAAAUGGAAACAUGCCAGUUUAACAGACUGGCAGAGCAGUAGGAUGUAAGCUAAUGUUAACAGAGAGGAAGGAAAAAAAAUCACCAUGGGGAGGAGAGACAGGCUGUUUUUACAUUGAACUUUUCAAUGUCAUAAUUACCAGAAUCUGAACAAAAAUAUUCUGUUGCAAUCGAAAGACUUCAACUGGUAGCAGGCCUUUGGGUAGACCCAGAGCUGGCUGGAGGGAUUGUACAAUCCAUCUGGCUAGGGAGCACCCAGGGAUCCCACAGAAGGAGUGGCAAGAGAGAUGGACUUGCUUUGACUGCAGGCAUCUGAGUUUAUGUAAAGAUAUUUGCAGACACGUUACGCAGAAGGAGACAGUGGAAUUUUUGUCUAAUUGGAAAUUUCACAACGCUCUUAACAUGAAUAAUAGAAAUGAAAAGAAAAAAAACACGCACAUCCUUACAGCCCAGAGUUGGGUGGGUGGGAACAAAAAACAUGAAAUGUAGGUGGGAAAAAAGUCUGCAACACCAGAACAAGCUUGAAUGCAAAAAGUUUUUAUUAAAGUUUACAUAUAUGUAUGUAAACUUUAUAGAACAUAUAAAGGAGUCAAGACUGCACCAACCGAGACCAAGACAUUACCGAGACCAGAGAGGUCCAAGACCGAGACAAGACCGAGUGAAAAUGCCUUCGAUUCCAAGACCCUCAAAAAAUGGUCUUGAGACCGGUCUCGAGACCAAGACCGAUCUCGAGUACUACAACAUUACUGUAUGGUAACCGUUAGCUUACCUGUCUUUAUGCUUCCCCUCGAGGUGACGGUAAAAGUUUGAAGUCGUACCAGCUGUUUCUGUGAGUUGUGCACUGCAGAAUUCGCACACUGCUGAGUGUUUUCGCUUGCAUGUCGUUUCACAAGUAAACUCCUUGAGGUUUAGGAAACCAAACUUAAUUAUUGCUGAGUUGGCAGACAUCUUUCUCUACUUAUUUCACUAGUUAUUAGCUUGACUGGUUACAUUUAAAAACCUGUCCGCUCACUCCGAGACAAGACCGAGUGAAAAUGCCUUCGAUUCCGAGACGACACCGAGACCCUCAAAAAAGAACGAUGUCGAGUACUACAACACUACUGCUUGCUCAGAACGUCAUGUAAACAUUAACAAAUCUUUUUGCAUUGGAGCUGGUUCUGGUGUUGCAGACUUUUUUCCUAUCUUCGUUCUUCUAUCUUCGUGGAUAAAACAGAAGUGUUUACAUCAUCAUAAACGAACGAAAUGAAGUGUAAUUUAGUGGCAUGUGAAAAACAAUCUUGUUUUAGUUUGAGCAUCAGAGGCUUUUAUUCCGAUACUAGCUCAUAUUGAGAGAGUGUCAUGUUUAAUCAUGUUCGAGUGUGUAAAUAAAUAAGUGUAAACUGUGGAUAUGAAUUGAAAGAAAAAAUCCACAGAGAUCUGCAGCUUCUCAGUCAACCCUUUUAGAUCAGGUGAGGAUGAGAAGGGAAUUUCAGAGUGCAUGGGAGGAGGGCAAACAGAGGACAUGGGGACAUUGACCCUCACAGAGUAAACAGCGUGUUGAAGCCUGCUGUAUGCUUUCUUUGCAUUCCCUUUGACCACAUGGUUAAUUACAAUGUUCCUCUGCGGGUCAACAGAAGCAUGUGUGAGUAACUUCGUGCUGCAGAGAAAACUAGAGGAAUGGUUUGUUUCGUACCAUUAAUAUCAUAUGAUCAAACGUGCAGAUGUUUCCUCUGAGGGAAGUGAUCACUAGGAGCAUAUUUCAAAUGAUCAUGUGACAGUAAUGAAUUGCUUUUCACAAAACAGGCUGUAGGAAGAAGUAUAACGGCUGCUACACCAAUGUAAUUUUUUUUCCCAAACUAAUUAAAUGCAAAAUGUUAAAAUGAUUUCAGAGCUGAUGUGGUCUAAGCCUCAGUGCGUCAAAGAUAUUUUCUUGGUCCUUCCCUUGUCCUUGUGAUCAGAUUACCCAGAAUGGGUGUUAAUACCAUAUUUUAACAAGGCUUAAGAGUUUUACUCUUCCUGCCCUGUUGACUUUAAUUCUCUGAGUUUCAGCAUGUCUGAAUGCAAGUAUCCUAACCAGCUUUAUAUGCUACUGAACAGGCUUUUUGACACAUCAGAUCUUGCAGUUUGACACACCCUGGCUGAUUAUUAUAGGACCAAAGCCGAUUAAUCCAUCUUUCUCUGAUUGUAGUGCUAAUACUCUGCUCACAAGUUCAGCUUUUUUUUCACUGUCUUCCUUUGAGGAUUGGCCACACCUGCACGAAGCUUAACUUAACUUAAAGCUAAGCUUAUCUUUUGUGAGAGUCUUGUCCUAUUCUGCAGUCAACAUUUGAUUUAGUCAGCACUUUAUAUUCAUUAUUCAGCUGCUGCGGCAUAUAAAAGUCCCUGAACUGUGCAGUGAGGUGAAAUCAGUGCCCCCUGCUGAGGAAGGGAAUGUGCCCUGGUAUUGUAUUAGAGGGCGUGUCUGUCACUGGGAAAAACAAGCCGACACAAAGGACCAAGGCUGAAUAUCAUUCCACAGUUUUCACCCUCUUUUUUUUUUUUUUUCCUUUAAAAGCUUUCUACAUCAAUGCAUGAAGAGCUGAGUGGGUCUCAGUUUCCUCUUGUUUCCAUCCAUCAAGUCCUGAACCUCUUAGUAGGACUGAGUCAGUUGAAGAAAUUGGUCCAGAGCUGUAACUUGAUCUGACCAAACUGUACUCUCUUUGUAAACCAGAAGUCUUAACACAAGUUUCAUUUCAACAACUCAUGGGGGCGUUUGAGCAUUGUGUGCUGGAAUCCUGUUCUAAUCACUUCAAUUAACUUUGUCAUUGCCCCAACAUUCUGCAAAUGACCACCUUUAGUCUCCUGACUUCACAUUGCUCAUCUGUGCCUUUUGUUUAACAUUGUUUUCUCUCCUCAACUUUCUCGAAAGAAACGUGAGUUCAGAGCGGAGCGAGGCAAGAAGGAAGCUAAGGGAGUGCACAGGAUUGGUUGAUUCUCUCAUGUACAUUGUCCAGUCCCAGAUUGACUGUAAAGAUGUGGACAAUAAGGUAUGUGAACCUUUGGAUUAUUGACAAAUUUGACAAAUUAAUAGAUUUUUUUACUAACUAUUUUAAAGUGUUUUAGGGAAUUCUGUGUGUGAAAGUGAAUACAAACUCACAUUUGAGCUUUGCGAUCGUUUAUGAAUGUCAGUAUGCUUUGCCACAGUUUAAAAAAAUCAAAAAUGAAAAGACUGAAAUAUCGUGCUAUUCUUAAUUUAUGCAAGAUUUCAUGUGCUCAACAGUUCUGGGUCUCUUCUGUUGUAUUUUCUGUUCCAUUAUGCACUGAAUGUUUUCAUUGGGUGAUAAAUCAGGAACCAGAGCCAUACUGUGAUUGGUAUUGUCCCGCUGAAACAUGAAACGUUUGCCCCAAAAACAGGAAUUGUCUGAAUGACAGCAGGGUUUCCUCCAGGAUUCUUUCAAACUGCCCCCACCCCACCUCAACCCAGAAAUUAAAAAUAAAAAAAUAUUAUCACAACUUUAAACUUGAAUAAACAAAUAAUUGAUUUAGCACAAACAUAAUUGAGCCUUAUCGAAUGGCCUAGUUUGCAGCCAGGCUGAGAGCACUUCAUUUUUCUUGGUUUUUUAAAGAAGAGCUCUGCUGUAUGGAAAGUCAGUUACAGGUGGCCCACUGAUGACAAGUAGCAUGUAUGCUGCUAGCCUGUUCCUCAGGUCUGCCUUUACCUACACAUUAAAACGAUUCAAGAUGAGGGGAGUUUGAGAAAAAACGGCAAAGACAAAACUUUGUAUCAUUAAUGUUAAACUUUACUGUCGCUAACAUUUCAUUAUUAACAUUGACGAUGACAUAGGAUGACACAUUGACGAUGACACACAAACCAAAAAUCUACCGAUACCGAAAUUUAUGACAAUAACCAACAUCAUUUUUCCAUGUCGGUAUAUUCAUUGUCAACAAUAAAUAAAUAAAUAAAUAAAUAAAUAAGUAAAAGUUGGUUUUGGAUGUGUGAAGGUAAGCUAUGGUCUCAUGUCCCUCUUAAGACACUGUCCUAUGACGAAAUACUUUCAUCAACGUCAUCGUCAACGAAAACAACACUGAUAUAACGUGAUAUUGAUCUGAAGCCAUAUCGCCCAGCCCUAUGAUAACAGUAAAGUCAUUUUCACAGGCUUGAGUUAAAUGUUUGUUAAACUUAUCCUUGCUUGGGUACCUUUCUGUCACUCUUAUCUCUCUCCCUUUACUCCACUGUGACGUCUCUUAGCCGCCACUCUCGAGUGAGCUGUAGUAGAGCCUGGCAGGAAGUUGAGACUCCAGGCUUUGUUUUUUCAUAAUAAAGUUAUUUGUGUUGUCACAUUACAAAAGUACAAUUCCACACUCUUAAAUAUGCAUAAAUACAGACUUGAUGUUAAUAACUCUUUUUUUUUCCUCCCCUCUUUCACUCCUUCACUCUGUCACUCUGCUGUUCCUCUCAUCUUUGCUCCAGUUGAUAGAAAACAGCGUGUGUCUCCUGAGGAACUUGUCCUAUCAGGUGCACAGGGAAAUCCCAGGCUGUGAACGCUACCAGGAGGCCGCACCCCUCAACCAGGGCCCCGCCCCCUCCAGCCAGAAGGGGGGCUGCUUCAGCUCCCGAAAGGGCAAAGGUCCGUGUUGUAGAAAUAGAGACACACACUGUAUUUGUUCAGCAAGCAAGAGGAACAUUGGUGAUGAUGUCACAGUCUCACCAGACUGAUCCAAACACACUCACACAAGCCUGCAGACACACACACACUCGAACAAAUCACUCGCUUGCACAGGAAUGUGAACGAUUUCAGCGAUGAUAGAGAGCUCACCCUCUCUUCUGUGGCUCUCUGUUCCUUUCACUGGGAGUAUUGAUUUGUUUCUGGCUCAUGUCCAUAGCUUUUCUCCUGUUCAGGAGUUUUGUUUGUGCUUUCAAAUCAUUUAUCAGCAUAGACCAGACUUUGUUUUUGACUCUUUCUAGUACAAUCUAGUUCUUACAAUCUAGAUUUUUAAUGCACUUUUGUGCUUAAACCAAAGCUGGAAUAUCAAUGUCUGAUGAUCAUUGAAAAGAUGAGCUCUGAAACAAUAUAAAAACUAGGGCCCGACCGAUUUAUCGGCCAUUUGAAAAGUUCCCCGACUUAUCCUGUAGACGCACGGAGUAGAGUGGUCCGCCUCAACGGUAAAUAAACCAGUUUUUGAAGUACACAAUAAGUCAACACGUUUCAGUUCAACCCACUUCACGGUGUUCCCCACCGUGCUGGUCUCGAUCACGCCGAGUUAACGAUAAAGCACCCUGUAAUAUGCAUACUAAAGUUAGAGUUCGCCACCUGCUAUUAGCCCUGCUACACUGUUAGCCGUGUAGAGCAGUAACGGUAGAAUAAACAACAGUACACAUUACUUGAUCGAGCUACUUCUCUUACUGAGGCAGCUGCAUGUCUCCAGAUGAGACUGGAAAACUCUGCUGGUUUGAAAUCAUACAGAUCAGAUAGAUGAAGUUUGGUGAAGUUUCAACUGACUGAACUCUGAAAGAGGAUUUUAAGACCAGGAGGACCAGUGAAGUUUUGAUCAUACACUUCUCAGUGGAUUGUUGGUCCCUAUGAUGUUGUGUGCUGUUCCGAGAUGAACAUAGCAGUGACCAAAUUUCGCACAUUUAAACUACAUUUUGUAUGUUUGUGUAUGUGUGUGUUCAAGGGUUAUAUGAGCUGUUGUGUGCUUUCAUGAUCUUUUUUAAAGCCUGGUACUCGGCAUGUCACAUUGCUGACCUCUGUGUGGCGGCAGCAGCGCUGUUGGGGUGGUUGCAGGUGUUAACUGGGUGGCUCAGUCAUGGCUGCUUCCUCCUUACUUACUGUAAAUGCUCUCUCUUCCCCCCUUGCUCUUGUUCCCCCCAUUUUUGCCCCUUCCUUCUCUCCUCUCCUUUUCUCUCCUCCCAUUUCGGCCUGGGCUACAGAUGAGUGGUUUUCCAAAGGUAAGUUCUUAACCUCUUUAUGACUACGCUUCUGCUGCCUGUCAUCGUGGUGCUAGUCAUAGAGUAGCUGAACUAACGCGUCAACGUGACUCUCUGUGUACUAACACGCACGUCCUUUUGUUAACUCUAAACCACUGGAGUGAAAUACCCAAAAUGCAUCUAAGUUUCUGGUCCUAGUGUAUGUCUGUUGUCUAACCAAAGUAGAACAAAAGCACUAAUGUUAGAACCUGUUCUCUGAAACUGCAUUUUUAUAUUUAGGAUCUGCCACUAAAGCUUUUCUUUGUAUUCGAUUCCAGGGAAGAAAGAUGAGGACGCAGCUGCAGACGUAAUAGACAUUCCAAAGAGGACUACACCUGCUAAAGGUAACUACGGGCUCUAGUGAAUCUUUUCAGACUAAACACGGGAGGAUGCUGUUAAAGGGAGAACAUGCAUUUAUUGACGAUAGCGCUGGCAGAUACCGCCUCAAAAACUACAUCAUGAUUUCACAUCCUUUGUGAUUGGGGAAAAGCUUUAAUUGUAGGAAUUGUGAAUUUAUAAUAAAAAGUGCAGAGCUUACCUUUCUGAUUUUAAAGUAUCUGUAGGUUGUUUGGAAUAACUGGAAUUAUUUUUAGAUUUCACUGCACAUAUUUGUACGUAUUACAAUAUUUUUUUUAAAUCGCAUGUCGUGUUUUCAGUCAAAGUGUUUAACCGUCUGUGCCUUGCUGUAGUUAUUAGAGCCUUCAAUAUUUUGUAGGAAUUUCCUUUUGAGUCCUUUCCAUAUUGUGCCGCAUUUGUAAAUGCGCUAGCAAGGAAAAUCUUUAGGGUUACCAGACAUCCCUGAUUUCGAACAAGAGUUGGGAGGGGGGGUAUUUUAAUGAGGAAAAACAUGUUUUUUUGCAUAUUUUCUGCCAUUCACAUAUAAAAAAAAGGUGAAAUCGAUGAUUGAUCGUUCAUUUUUACGAUUAAUCGAUCAAGGGACUUUCCCUGCCCUACUUGAUUUAAUUCCAAAUCUCCUUUUUGUUUUCUGCCCGUGUCUUCUCCAUAUUUGCCGUUUAUCAUGUCUUCUAUCCAUAACUCUCCCUCUCUCCUGCAGGCUUUGAGCUUUUGUACCAGCCAGAGGUUGUCCGCAUCUACACCUCUCUGCUAAAGGAGUCCAAGAACCCCACUGUGCUGGAGGCCUCAGCGGGAGCUGUCCAGAACCUGUGUGCUGGGCGCUGGACUGUAAGACCUGCUGCUCAUGAAUAAAGUCUUACAGCAUAGGUUGUCUGUUAUAUCAUGCAUACUUUUCUGAAAACCGGGGUCAAAUGAUGAGCUAUUCAUUUUUGUAUCUGAUCGACUAAAUGGCACUCAAUCUAUUAGGGACAAAAAAAGAUCAUCAGACUCUCAAGCUAACAGCUGAUUCACACUCCUAGCAGAUUUUCAUGAUUUGCAUUUCACAGUGCAUGUUUUCAGGUUCAGCAUUUACACUCCCUGCGUAAGCAGAGCAAAACUUAGACUCAAGAGGCUCCUUAUGGUUCUUGGCAGAAGCAGACUGUAAAAAUGAUUCAUGAAUAGUCAUUUUGACAGGAUGUAACAUGUUCCCCUGUUAUCAUGUUCUGUCGAAUGUAACGUGGCUAGACUCAUGAUUAAUGGGUUAAAAUUUUGUGAUCGUAGUAUGGGCGAUACAUCCGUGCCUUGCUGCGCCAGGAGAAAGGUUUACCCAUGAUGACUGAGCUGCUGGCCCAUGGUAAUGACCGUGUAGUUCGCGCUAUGUCUGGAGCCCUCCGUAACCUGGCCAUCGAUGCACGCAACCGAGAUCUACUAGGUGAGACUCAGAGCUGUGUGACAGAAACUGUGCAUCAGCAUUGCUGUGCUUUUUCAUGUUUAAUAUUCCUCUUAUUGUUUGUGUGCUGUCAGGUAAACAUGCGGUGCCUCACUUGGUGGCCAACCUGCCAGGUGGAGGCCAGAGUCAGCCUGUGCGAGCGUUGUCAGAGGAGACAGUGGUGUCAGUACUGAGCACGCUCCAUGAGGUGCUGGGCUCUAGCCUGGAAGCAGCCAAGACCCUCAGGGCCUCACAGGGCAUUGAAAGACUGGUGCUCAUUAACAAGGACGGGUGAGGGUCUAGUUUUCUUAUUUCUUAAUUUUGUAGACUGCAGGAACUUAGCACAUGACUUAGUCCUUCAUUAUGAUUUCUUUUAGCCUCUCUAAUUCUCUCUUCUCCUCACCUGUGCUCUGGUGUCAUCAGAAACCGUUCAGAGCGGGAGGUGCGUGGGGCCGGCAUGGUGCUGCAGACAGUGUGGGGCUACAAGGAGCUGCGGCGUACUUUGGAAAAAGACGGCUGGAAGAAGACAGACUUCAUGGUCAACCUGAACCCUCCAAGCAACAACACGAGAGCCAACGGAGGAUAUGAGGACAGCACUCUGCCGCUCAUAGACAAAGGUCAUGACAUUUAACCAGCGGUUAUGCAGCAUACUAACUUCCACUGCAGCUGAACUGUCGGCUCAAAUGUGCUCUGAAAUUUGUACUCAUUAACGGAUGACUUUUGUCCCUGUCUGCAUUUCGCAUUUUAACUUAGUUUGGCUUUCUGGCUUUUUAUUUUAAUUUGCAUACACUUUUGGCUCUAACAGGAACUCGAGUCUGAUCCAUGCUGAAUAUAAAGAGAGCACUUCAACAGCUUUUCAUCUAGAGCUUAAUGAGGAGCAACACAUGUAGUUUGUUUGACUCAAGCUCUAGAAUUCCCAUAGAUUCCUUUUGUGCUUUAAGUUUUUGGUUGUUUGCAGACGUAAUAAUACUUAACAGAAACUGCAGCUGGUACCUUAGUGUGUCUCAACCUGUUUGGAGGGCAGACAGUAGCCACGUUUACAUGGGCAAAAAACUCUUGGUCCAAUAAAAAUUUUUAGGGAUCAAAUAAUCCGAUCAUGACGUGCACAUGCACCAAGCCAGUGUUGUUUUCGUUGAUGAUGACGUUGACGAAAAUUUCGUCAACGUCAUCGUCAACACGGCAGAAUAUAUGUUUAGUGUUUGACUGACGAAAUGCUCAUGAAUUUUGCAACUCCGUUCGUCGUCCACCACUAACGUUUUUGUCUAGUCUCGUCUCGUCAACGUAAACGCACAUUCGUCUCGUCACGUUUUAGUCAUCUAAGACUUAUGUUUAGCUUGUCAACGUCAUGUCUUCGUCGUGGAAAAAAAGGGGCGUUGACAAAAUAUUUUCGUCAACGAAAACAAUUUGGACAUGUGCAGAGUUGUCUAACUUCGCCAAAACAACCGCAGAAGAAGAGUUGUAUUUACGCAUGUGCUGUCAACAAACCAACAAACACGGUCGUGGCUCACUCCAUCCAGUUCAGGAGUUUUCCCCUGGUUAAAUGUUGUCACUAGAUGGCGCCCUUGCGUACUUAUUUUACUGCUCUGUCAAAGGUUGCUCUGUGCGUGCAGAUGUGACAUCAUCACCUGUGAUUGUGUUUUAUGCCAGAGUGUUCAUAAUGAAACUUCCUCUACUGGCCUUAAUAAAUAAACCAAAGGCUAAAGAGUGAAGACCGAGUCAGGUAAAAGAGUCACGAUCGGAAUUAGUGUUUACAUGGACGCGUUUUGGAAUAACGCUCGGUAUAAACCACCCCACUUGAUCGGAAUAUAAUUUCUUUCCGAUUGAGCCGACUUGGAUCAGAAUCUUCCGAUCGACAUGUUUACAUAAAGCAUUUUAUCCUGAUCGGGAAUUUAUUCUGAUAAUAUGUGCCCAUGUCAACGCAGCUACUGAAGUUGUCAGUCCCCUUCUUUAUGUUGUGCUCUCUUACAGAUCUUACACUGAAGUAAAAGUUACCCAAACUACACUGAAUGUACUGCAGAAUAACCUCAAAUGUGUGGUCACAAAAACCGACAGGCUCAUGUCUCACACUUGAAACACUUACGAAAUGCUCAACACCCACACAGGAUUCUAUCUUUGGCAGGAGACUGUGUGGACCAACACUGUCUCUGUGAGGGAACAGAAAGGUUUUAACAGUGCACAUUGAUGCUCAUUGUUUUUGUGCUCUUAAUACACAGGAGGAAAGGGGGACCGUGAAAUGAUUCCAAUGAAUGACAUGGGACCAGGUAAAUGAGAAAUAAAACAACAGCAUCGCCAUGAGUGUAUUUGUCAUGCUCUUGCUUAAAAUUCACCUCUGGUGCCUGAGAUUAAUGAUCCGUCCCCUUCCCAGAUGCCUACUCCACACUGGACCAGAAAGGGAGAAGAGGCACUCUGGAUAACACUCUCGAACCUACUGACAAAGAUGCAGUACAGGUAAAACUUAUGCAAAACACACCUUCCCAUUUUCCUGCAUGACUGAACUCAGUGAGUAAAACUUAAUGGCUUCACAUGUCAAAGUAACUCUAUUACAUACUCUCUACACCCUUAUACUGACCUUAGUGGAAGUCUGAGUGCUUCAGUAGACCUUUUCAAUAUUUUCAGGUCUGUUUUUAUAAACUCACUAUUUUGAUCUCUUGGUAAACAUGCUUAUGUCAGUUUGAGGUAGGCCUGGGCGAUUUGGCAAAAAAAAUUAUCACGAUAUACGUAUUUUGUCAUAUCAUCUGAUCUCGAUUAUUAUCACGAUUUUUUUUUAAACUUCCAGUUUUAAAGCAUCUGUACUGAAAACUAGAGAAGUUCAACAUUUUAUUAACAUACAUAGUAAAUAACAAAGAACAAGAUACACUUAAUAAAAAUACAAAAACCAUUUUUACUCAACAACACAACAAAAGUAGAUAAAUAUUAAAUAAUACAGUGAACUAGUUUACAGUCCUGAGUGUUUUUGCAGGUUUGCAAGACCCAAAAUAAACAAAUCGCCCCCUCAGAGAUAAUGAAGACGCCUUAAAAUGUAAACAUUAGAUGACGUAUACGUAGAUGAUACGAUUGAUUGCUGCAGUGGUCUGGUAGCUGCACCACUAGUUGUGGUUAAACUGCUAAUGCUUCUCGUGCUGUCAGCAGUGACAGGCUGUACAGACUCCGCUCACAUUUUCAUGCUUUCCGCAUAAUCACUCCGGAAGAACUUCAAAUUAUGAAACAGAUCUGUUGUUGCCGGUUUUUGAGGGCGCCGACCGCCGACGUACCUUGCACAUCGGCUUAAUUACUCAACGUCACUAUGGAGAUAACCAAACCAUCACCACACAACCGACGUUGAAUAACUUCUCAACAAUAACAUCUUUGGAGGAUGACUAAAAAUCAUGGCUGACAUCUAUUUUUCUGCCCUCAGCUCCGCAUUUAGCCCCAUGUUCGGUCAUUCUGUUUACUUCUUCGGCGACUUACAGAAGUGAGCAGGAAAAGCUCUACUCUGAUUGGCUGUUGUGACACACAUUUCCACAAUGUUUGAUCGAAUAAAUAUGCUCACAGCUGAUCACUGUGAUCAAACUAAAAUUUAUCACGAUCAUAUAAUCACCCAAUCCUAGUUUGAGGUGCAUCUUUAGCCAAGAUAGUAAAAUCUUAUGAAUACUGUGAAAUACAUGAUACAUAGUGGUUAAAAAAACAGCAUUGAGGGCCUACAGGUCAAGCUAAGUGCAGCUCAGCCUGCUUUCUCUGUUAUCUAUCAUCUCCCAAUUCUAAGACAUCUCGUGACUUAAACCGCUCAUUCAGCCGAAACAGCCAAGCGCAAAAAGUUGCAGGCAGUAAAGGUGCAGUGUUCAGUGUAAGUAUGUAUGUCUGUUUAAGUGAGAUUAUCGCCAACCUUAAUGUUACCAUCAUCUUCUUUUUUCAACUUGGAAUGACAUUUUUAUAUUUCCAUAGAAGGAAGAGGUUGUUAUCUGGCUCCUCAUGUUUAAACAGUGUCGCACAGAACAGAGAAAAGUGUUUGACUGGAAUUUAAAAAAUAUAUGUUUGGAGAACAACGGGAAGACUGCAGACUUAUUUGUUUAUGUAAUGUCUCAAUCUACUGUUUGGAAAGUCUAAAUCGAUAUCCGUGAAGUUGAAAAACUAUCACAUAAAAGUGAUCAUCUUAUUUAUUUAUUUAUAAGCAGUUUCUCCGCCCAGCUCGGCAAAACUUUUAAAUCUCGGUCAAAUCUGUGAGCCCGCGCUGAGUGUGGUUUCACACUCAGUCUGAAAGCUGGAAAACUCAGGACAGAGUUGAAGCUGGUUCAGUCUGAGCUUUUAAGGCUCCAGAUUCAAGGAUGAUACACAGACUGACAUCCUCAGCUCCCUCUAAAAACGUUACCGUGUGAAUGGACAUGCUUUCACACACACCCACAGACAGCAUGUCGGUGCAUGUCUCGUUCAAGCACUACAGUUGUGUCUUGCACAUGAUUUCACACAGGUGGUCUUUUUAUCCUCUGAAACAUGACCUAACAGUAAACUAACCUCUGUCAGACUUUUUUCUCCUCUUGUAUAUUUAUCUGAUUAACUAAACUCUGCUCUCUCGCUCCUCCUUUCUCUCUUUUUUUCCAAUGGUUCAUCUUCUCACCUUCCUCUUGGAUUUUCACACUUAACCUCCUGUUUCUUUUUAACCCUCUAACUGACCUCAAAUGUCUGCUGUGGUCUCUGUCUCUCUCGUGCUUUUCUCUACUGCUCUCUCUCUCUCUGUCUACACACUCUUUCUCUUUCUCUCUCUCUCUCUCUCUCUCUCUCUCUCUGUCUCUCUCUCUCUAUCUCAGGGAGGGAUGUAUGGGGAGAGGCAGGCCUCUUUGCCUCUAAUGGAUUCUUACGAUGGUUAGGCUACACCCACUGUCUCACUGCAUGUCAGUGCAUGGUAUGUGUGUCCACCGGCUGCUCUCCACUCACUGCAUGGCCUUAUAUCCGAGUUGUGUAAUAAUGAAUUGAUCACCGUGUGUUGUUCAGUAUCAGUGCUGACAGUGAGCAUCCACUGUUAAUGGAUAUGUAAUAGUUGUUUUUUGCCCACCCUGCUGGUGAAAAGUGAUGUUCAUUUUGUUCUCUGUAGAUGUGGUUGUGUUUCGUUUCUCCGCACAGUUUGUGAGCCUUGUGUCCAAUGUGUAGUGACUUUGUUGCCAGCAGCCACUAUUUUAAGUUGUAUUUUUGUAUUUGAUUUUUUUCUUCUGCAAAUCUGAAUUUUUUAAAUGUGCCAUUUCGUCCACACAGGCAUGAAACUUUGACAUGAGCCGGCCUGCGCGAUCAAUUCCCACACUUUCGCUUUUCUUCUCUUGCAGAAAAACUGAUUGUGUGCAUCACAAGACGACAGCCUCCUCCCACCUACUGCCCCUGCUGAACUGACAAUGAGGGACCACAACACUAAGAUGGGAUUAAACGCCGUCUUUGACACUCAACUCCUCUGUCCCUCUUUUCUCUCUCUCUCUCUCUCUCUCUCUCUGUCUCCCUUUGUGACAUUCCUUCAUUGCAGCUGACAAACUUAAUGAAACCAUGUGGAAAAACUGACGCGAAUCUUCUCCUCCUGUGGACGAACCAGACAAGACACUUUGACCACUUUAUGAUCAGCGAGUUCCUGAACUACGUAACACUAACCACUCAACCAGAUACCACAGCGACAACACUACAACUCCAUGAAGCAACAUCACGACUCGCCUGGAGAACACUAUUCCUUACUUUGUUAAAAAAAAAAACAAGUACUGUGGAUUCAUCUGAGAACUUUUCUAUUUCUUUGAGAUCAGAGCAAAGACUGAUGAAGCAAAUUAAGAAAGACCUGUUGGGUUCAGAACAGGACACUUUUUUGGGGUGAAAUUUUACAUAACUGGCUUGACACUUUGAAAGAAAUCGAGGGAAUGUGUAACUUUCUUUGUGAUUGUUAUAUACUUUCAAGAAAACUACCAACAAGAUAUGUGUAAAGCUUCAGCUUCUGUUUUGGUAGUGGUUGUUCCUGCUUUGCUUUGUACCACAGUAAUGCACAUGUGCCAAAUGACACUGCUAAUGCUGCGACUGCCAAUACUGAAUGCGAGAACUUCACACACACACUCAGACUUUUUACAACAGCUACCAUCAUCUGCUUUGUUUUGUGCUCAGUCAGUGUUGGUGACAGUCCUUUGCCAAGAUGCAUGGGGAUGCUGCAUUUUCUGUAUCUGAUUGUGAUCUAUAGAUAGAAGAGUUGAGAUGCUAGUGUGGGUGUUCCUACAGACAGAAAUAGAGAGAUAAUAAAUGAUUGUACAUCUUGUUUAAAUAGACAGAGCGGUCUGUUUCUGUCAAAUGUAAGCCCCUUGACUCUGGUCUGUGAUCUUAUGAAUGUGUACAAACAAGACUGUCUCUGAUCGUAACUGCUUGGGCUUACUGGAGUGCCUCAUCCGAGUGUGUCUAACAUGACAAAGGUAACCAAAAAGGUGUCUUUUUUUUUUUUUCUCAGUAGGUUACACAUGUUGGAGAUACUGUAUAUAGAACUCAGCAGUUUUCUAUCCUGCAAGGUUAUGGAACAUGUUGACUUGUAAGUAUGUAAGAGUUGAUUCUUGUCAUUGGAUUGUUUUUUAUAAGAUAUAAAACUAUUGAGUUCUGUAUAAAUUACUUCUUCACAAACCCAUGGCCUAGCUGGCUUUAAACAAACAGAAAAGUAAAUGGGAAAGAGACGGAGUAUUGUUGAUUUUUGCCCAGAUUUAACUACAGUGCUUGUUCUGUAGGAAACAAUGCAUACUCUUAGUGCUGAGUGAGAUGUAGAUACUUACUGAGUGGAUGAUUAAAAAGCACUAGGGGGUAUAAUGUGUGUUUUCCUUUUUGCCUUUGUUUUCCAUGCUAAUUAAAACAUGACAGAGGAUGCCUCAUUUUGCAAAGAAACAUGUUGCCUUUUCAAAAAUGAACUGACUCAAGGGGAAGGGGGAAAAAUAGAGAGUAAGGGUUUGUUUGAAAAUCUGUGUGAGGAGGCAUAGACCAGACUUUGCUGUUAGAUAAGUGAUGAAAAAUCAAAGCACAUUUAAACUAUAUAUACAAGAGAAUAUUUGUUAAUUUUAAUGGUUUUAUGUAUUUCUUUUUAUAAUGUGGAUUUGGGUUUAAUUGUUUUGGGUGCUCUGGGUGAACGCAUAUGCAAUCAGUUUUCAUGUUUGAUUGAAAAACAUUCAGUUCUUGUCUUAAAUGAAAUGCAAAACAAGUUAGCUAAACAAAAACCUCCAUUGGUCAUCAGUACUGAAACACUAAUGGGAAAAUCUGAUUAUUGACUACACCGUAAUCUCUUUGCCUUGGCUCUUAAAGUUGCACAUUCUCAUUUAUGAAUGAAUUAUGUAACUAGCAAUACUGUUUUUAAUAAAAAAGAAAAUGAUUUCUCAGAG